UUUAAUCACAUCUCAUUUCAUCUCAUUUAUAAAAUGGCAACCACUGUGCUUCGCUUUACUUUGCUUCUAAUAUUGCUAUCCAGUGCACUAUCAGAUCUAUGCAACCCACAAGACAAGAAAGUUUUGCUCCAAAUCAAAAAAGACCUUAACAACCCUUACCUUCUAGCUUCAUGGGAUCCAAACACAGAUUGUUGUGACUGGUACACUAUCGAAUGUGACCUUAAAACGCAUCGUAUCAUCUCCCUCACUAUUUUCGAUUCCGCACCUUCAAAUUUCUCGGCCCAAAUUCCACCCUCCGUGGGCCAACUUCCAUACCUUGAGACUCUCGAGUUCCACAAACUUCCAAAACUCACGGGCCCACUCCAGCCCGCUAUUGCUAAACUAACCAACCUCAAGUCCCUCCGUAUUAGUAACACCAACUUGUCAGGCUCAGUUCCUUCCUUUCUGGCCCAACUCACAAAUCUCACUUUUUUGGAUCUUUCUUUCAAUAAUCUAACCGGUUCAAUCCCCGCUUCACUCUCUCAACUUCAAAACCUCAUCUCCCUCCGCUUGGACCGUAACCAUUUAACCGGUCCAAUCCCUUCCUCGUUUGGUUUAUUUAAAUCCAAUCCAGAUAUCAUUCUCUCCCAUAACAACCUGACCGGGACCAUCCCACCCUCAAUUGGAAACCUCAAUUUCACCCAUAUCGAUUUGUCACGAAACAAGCUCGAGGGAGAUGCGUCUUCAAUUUUUGGGCCAAAUAAAACGGUCCAAAUUGUGGACCUAUCAAGAAAUCAACUAUCCUUCGAUUUAUCAAAUGUGGAAUUCUCCACAAGCUUGACAUCGUUGGAUAUUAAUCACAAUAAGGUGUAUGGUAACCUUCCCCAAGGGUUGACCGCAUUGAAUUUUCAAUUCUUGAAUGUGAGUUACAACAGGUUGUGUGGUCAGAUUCCGGUAGGUGGAACAUUGCAAAGUUUUGACAUUUAUGAAUAUUUUCAUAAUAAGUGUUUGUGUGGUUCUCCUCUUCCAAAGUGUACCUGAUCUUUACUACCUCCAACUAGUUGUUGGCUUGCUAGCUUCUAUAGUAGUAGCUCAUGCUUAUAUUAUAUGAAUAAUGUCAAUACAGCAAAUAAAGACUUAUAUAUAUAUAUGGUGAUUU